UUGAGUAUGGUCUAAAUUUAAGUGGAUGUUAAUUGUAUUUGUUGUUUAGAUUUUAGGGAUACUAUAAUUCACUAAAAUUAUAUUUUAGCUUUGAUUCAAAUCCGAAUUCAAAAGAAUGGAGCUCCAAAAUAUUCAAACCCGAAAAUGUGAGCUGAAAAAAUCCCAAAAAAACAGAUGCAACAGCCCGUUUGCCACCCGUAAUUACAAACUGUCAGUUGUACGCUGAGUACGCUGAUACAGCUUUCAAUUCCAUCUCCAACGGCGAUUCCUAUCUAGCGCUCGCCUCGGCUCCCCGGGAAAGCGGUCGUGGUUCCUCGCUGGCUCGCUCAACCCUGUAAAAGACUUAAGCGGAAGACAAUUGAUUUGAAUGCUAAAAGCGUAACCCGAAAGCGACUCCUCCCUUAAGAAUCCUCACUUCCUCUGCCAAUCAUUUUCACAAACACCUUUGCCGCAAUAUAAUUUCAAAAUCCCUGAAGUAGUGAAUAUCCGACAGUAUGCUUGGAAGGUCAAUUUUGGAAUUACCACGUUGCCGAGGGGCUCCUUGGAGAAUACCCAGGCAGAUUAUGCCCCAGUGUUCAUCACCUUUUAUUUAUUCAAGAAAGCAAUUUUCGACUUCUUCUGGAGAAAAUGGUACUCCGAAACCUGAAUCGAAGAGUGGGCUUUCAAAAUUUGUCCUUGGAACUUCUCUUAUUGGUGGUGCUAUUUUGGUUGCUUACCAAACUGGAUAUUUAGAGCAAUAUGGCGCACGCCCCAAGGUUUCUAUUGAUUCAACGAAAACUGGUUUUGAUGAGAAAGAUGAAAAGGAUAUCCAAGAUGUUUCUUCUCGUGAUGAAGAAAUAAACAAAUUGACUCCUCAUGUGGACUUGCCUGAGCAAAAAGCUGCAACUAAUAUCGAUCUACCUCCUGAGCCUGAAAUUUCAAGUGAAACCCAAGGUGAAAACCAGUCGAAUAUUGAAGGUAAGUUGAACGAGAUAAUUGAAGAAAGCACAACAUCUGUACCAGAAAAGGCAUUACCUGAAUAUUCUCAGAGCAACUUGCCAUCUGCUGAUCACAGUGCAGAUACCGAUGCAUCAGCGGAGGGGAAUCUUAAAAAGGUUGAGUCUCAAAAUGUAACGGCACUGGAGAAGGAAAUUCAAGAUAUUCCAUUGGAUACCCGAUCAAGUGCAUCCCUUGGAGAAAAGGAGACAAAAACUGUACCAUCUCCUACUACCGCAGUUAAGCUGCAGGAUGAACCAAGUAAAGGUGCAGAAGUGCUUAGUUUAGGCCCUGAAGAAAGUCAAAUAAAUUCUGUCCCAUCUCUGCAUCCCACUAUAGAAGAUAAACCCAGUAAAGAUAUAGAAGCUCCGAGUUCUCUUCUUGAUGCCUAUCACCUUAGGGAAAAGGCAGCUGAAGGCUACUUGGCUUCUCUAAACAGAAAAUAUGAGCAGCUUUCUAAAGAAAAAGAGGCUUUUGGUACCGCGAUUGAGGAACUUAAUGAGGGAUAUUUAUCGAAGGAUGGAAAAUUAGUUCUUGAUUUCCUGCAAGCCAUUCAUGCUGCUGAAAAGCAGCAAGCUGAGUUGGAUGCACGUGCUUUUGCUGAGGAAAAACGAGAAUUGAAGGAGAAAUAUGAAAAGGAAUUAAGGGAUUCAAGAGCCAGGGAACUAAUGCGUACAGAAGAGGCAGCUAUGUUGGAUAAGGAAUUGAAGAGAGAAAGAACAAAAGCAGCAGCUGCUAUAAAAUCCCUACAAGAGAGAAUGGAAGAGAAACUAAGGAUGGAACUUGAAGAAAAGGAAAGAGAAGCUGAAAUGAAUUUGAAAAAUGCACAGGAGCAAGGAAAAGCAGAAUUGGUAUCUGCAAUUGCAAAUGAGAAAGCAGCACAGAUUGAAAAAAUGGCAGAAGCAAAUUUUCAUAUAAAUGCCUUAUGUAUGGCAUUUUAUGCACAAUCUGAAGAGGCGCACAAGAUUCAUUCUAUUCACAAACUUGCUUUGGGAGCUCUUGCUCUAGAAGAUGCACUUUCCAAAGGAUUACCAAUCCAGAAAGAAAUAGAUACUCUAUACACCUAUCUUGAAGGCUUUGAGAAGGAUUCAGUAUUAGGUUUGGUCCUUUCAUCCCUUCCAGAAGAAACUCGGUACUGUGGAACAGACACUCUACUAGAGUUGAAUCAAAAGUUUAAUGCCUUGAAAGGAAACCUAAGGCAUUUCAGCCUGAUUCCACCAGGUGGUGGUGGUAUCCUGACGCAUUCUUUGGCACAUAUUGCAUCCUGGUUAAAGGUAAAAGAAGUUGACGAAUCUAGUGAAGGGAUCGAGUCUAUAAUCAGUAGAGUUGAAAUUUACUUGGCUGAAGGAAAGCUUGUUGAAGCAGCUUCCACUCUUGAACAAGGUGUCAAAGGUAGCCAAGCGGAGGAGAUUAUUGGUGAUUGGGUGAAACGAGUGAGGAAUAGGGCCAUCACGGAGCAAGCAUUAACAGUGCUUCAAUCUUAUGCAACUUGCAUCAGUCUUACCUAAUCUCCGAGUCCUGAAUAUUUGGUUCCCCUCAGGUAUGGAACUUUAAAACCUCAUUGAAUUAGGGGUUAAAGGUAAAGAAAUUUUCUGGCUUUCCUAGUCAACAUAACAGCAACCAUAUUGGUCUUUUUGCUUUUGGGAAACCUAUAUCACGAUUUUUUUUUUCUUUAAACUGUGUAGAUCGUCCCCACGAUCCUCCAAAUAAAAUUUUGGUUUCCAUAUUUUUUAGAAGCCUUCAUGUUGCAAGUAAACUUAGGAUUGUUGUAAACAACAGGCGUUAUAUAGAGCCAAUUUCUUGUUCUCUUAUGAAGAUUGUAAUAACGAUGCAUCAUUUUCUUGAACAUAUGUUAGGUGAGUUCAGUUUAGUUGAUUCAUGCAGCUACACUAGGAGCUAUCCUAGGGAUGUGUUGUCUUGGGCAAGGAGGUUUUUCAAAUUCGGACCAACUUAGCUCGAAUUAUUGUUUAAUAAUAACUAUUUUUAUUUUAAUCUAAAA